UGCCAUGAGGGUUAGAAUAUGAUUAGGAAACACACAGAAACAUACCUGUUUUGACAGAGAAGCACAUCAGUGGGGUUGGUACACUGUGUGUAUCCUUCUCUGAUACUGUAAAAGAAGGGGGGGAGAGGAAGAGAGACACGUGGUAGUUAAAAUCUCUGGGGGUGGAUUCCACUAGCUUCAGUUCCUUUCGCAAGAAGCUCAGUAUAUCAUAAGGGAGCUAGCCCCAGCCAUGAGCUUGGCAUGUCACAUCUUAGCUAGCUGCCUUCUGACUGUCUUCUUUUCCAGGGGAGGUGCAGAGACUAACAUCUACUGGGUCCCCCUGAAUGAUGACUUCAAACUGGACUGUGAUUGUGUCCCCAAGAAUGAUCUCACUAUCAAUGAUAUAACGUGGCACAAAGGCGAGAAGAUUGCACAGCACAAAAAAAUAAAUGGCAAAUGGGAAAGUGUGCUAGGGGAAAGAUACAAGGUGUUGGAAAAUGGAACUCUGAUAAUUAAACAGCUGAAAGAAAGUGAUGUUGGCAGCUAUGAGAUAUCCAUAUACAAUUCGGAAGGGAAGAGCGCCUGCGAGGUAAAAUUUGAGCUGAAGAUUCAAGAGAGAGUCUCAAAGCCAAAUGUCUCCUGGGAUUGUAACAGUAAAUCCCUGACCUGUCAGGUGACCAAUGGCACGGACACUAAAUUAAAACUGUCUGUAGAUGGAGAGAUUUUCCAAGCAACUCAAAAGACCUUCACACACAAAUGGCAGAACAACCAGGAUGUCUCCUUCCACUGCACAGUCAAUAACAACGUCAGCAGUGAGGCCUACAAUGGGAUCACAAAUUGUUUUGCUAAAGUUCUGGAUAUAUACUUCAUCAUUGGUGUGUGUACAGGAGGAACUGUCUUCUUGAUCGUCGUAGCGCUGUUGGUUUUCUACAUUAGCAAGAGGAGAAAGCAGAAUCAGAGGAAGGAUGGUGAACUCUGCAGAGGUCUUAUUGUUGCAGAUGAGGAGGUGGAGAUAAAAGCAUGCAGAACACCCAGCAAGGAAAAGAGCCAGAAACCCCAUCAAAUUCCAGGCCCAAGCCCUCAGAAUCCAGCUUCUGUGUCAUCCCAUCCUCCUCCACCACCAGGCCAUCGUCUCCAAGCACCAGCUCAGCGCCCGCCACCUCGUGGGCUCCGUGUUCCCCAGCAGCAGCAGCAGAGGAAGCCAGUCCCUGCACCAGGCAUGCAGAUGCACCAGCAGAAAGGCCCUCCUCUCCCCAGGCCCCGAGCCCAGCCAAAGAUGCCCCAGGGGCCUGCAGAUAACUCCUAAUGUGCCUCCUAUACAGACUUCCCCCUUCCUGUCACUGCAUGAGGUAGAUGUCCCCCAGUUCCAUGGCAGGUGCUGUGGGGUGUACCAACCAGCUAUGCACCCUGCAGUCCAGCACAGCAUCAUGGCCACCAAGCUACUGGGCCACAGCUGUAUCCCCAGCUUUCAACUCAGCUUCCCAGAGACUCUGCCUCUUCAUCAAGCUCCACGGAUCUGGGAAAGAUAAACUAAGACAGCGCAAUUGUGAGAAUAAUGGGCUUGAAAUAUCCCAGAGCUCUCUCACCUCCUUCUCAGGCACAAGCUGUCCAAAGGUCUCUGUGCUGUAUGUCUCUUAAUAAAGAGACUCAGGUGCCUGAAAGAUUUUUGGGUUUCCUAUGGGCCUGCUGGAGGCUGGCCCAUGGGUUCAUGACUAGACAUGAAAUAAAGGUUUUGACUUGG